AUGUCGUCUAGUAAAUCUCUUCAGAUAGACGUCAAGUCAGACAUCGAGCUGGAACUUCAUUCCCACUCCGUGUCGAGUGAUAUCUCCAAUUCCAGUGAACACUCCUCCUCCAGCUCCAAAAAUGCCGCCGACGAUCACGUGGCCUACAAUGGGUUUGAUGGCAAGACUCAAGACGAGAUCCGUAACUUGGCCAGAACUUUGACUCAAAGAUCUCACGAUGCUACCAACUCGCUUGCUGGUGCUCCUCUGGGUCGUUCCGACACUGGUCAUGAAACUCGUUCUAUUUUUGCUCCUGGUUCUGCUGGUCUUAAUACCAUCUAUGCCGAUGAAAAUGGUCCAGAUUACCGUGAUUAUUUGGAUCCGAACAGCGGCAAUUUCGAUAGUGCCGCUUGGGUGAAAAACAUGUCCAAUAUCGUAACCGCGGACCCUGAGUUUUAUAAGCCUUAUACUUUGGGUUGCGUCUGGAAAAACUUGUCCGCUUCCGGUGAAUCUGCCGAUGUCGCCUAUCAAUCCACUGUCAUGAAUCUUCCUUACAAAUUAUUGAAACAAGCUUAUAGAAUGGCAAGUCCAACAAAGGAGGAAGAUUUGUUUCAAAUCUUGAAGCCUAUGGAUGGUUGUUUAAAACCAGGUGAAUUGUUGGUUGUAUUGGGUAGACCAGGGUCCGGUUGUACCACUCUAUUGAAAUCCAUCACUUCAAACACUCACGGGUUCCAUGUCGGUAAAGAUUCUCAAAUCUCUUAUAGUGGGUUUUCUCCAAAGGAAAUUAAAAAACAUUACCGUGGGGAAGUCGUUUAUAAUGCUGAAGCCGAUAUCCAUUUACCUCAUUUAACAGUCUAUCAAACUUUAAUCACUGUUGCUCGUUUAAAGACUCCUCAAAAUCGUAUCCAGGGAGUCUCUAGAGAAGAAUUCGCCAACCAUUUGGCUGAAGUCGUUAUGGCUACUUAUGGGUUAUCUCAUACAAGAAAUACUAAAGUCGGUAAUGAUUUGGUUAGAGGUGUUUCUGGUGGUGAAAGAAAACGUGUCUCUAUUGCUGAAGUUGCCAUUUGUGGGUCCAAAUUCCAAUGUUGGGAUAAUGCUACUAGAGGUUUAGAUUCUGCCACUGCUUUGGAAUUCGUCCGUGCUUUGAAAACACAAGCCACAAUUGCCAAUUCUGCUGCUGCAGUGGCCAUCUAUCAAUGUUCUCAAGAUGCUUAUGAUUUAUUCGAUAAAGUUUGUGUAUUGGAUGAUGGGUAUCAAUUAUAUUACGGUUCUGCCACUAAGGCCAAGAAAUAUUUCCAAGAUAUGGGGUAUGUCUGCCCUGAUAGACAAACCACUGCUGAUUUCUUAACUUCUGUCACAAGUCCUGCUGAAAGAAUCAUCAACCCAGAUUAUAUUAAAAGAGGUAUUCAUGUUCCAACCACUCCAAAGGAAAUGAACGAUUAUUGGAUCAACUCUCCAGACUAUAAAGAAUUGAUGAGAGAAAUCGAUACUGAAUUGACUGAAAACACUGAAGCCAAGCGUGAAGCCAUUAGAGACGCUCAUGUUGCCAAACAAUCCAAGAGAGCAAGACCUUCAUCACCAUAUACCGUCAGUUAUGGUUUACAAGUCAAAUACAUCUUAAUUAGAAACGUUUGGAGAAUCAAACAAUCCAUGGAAGUCACAUUGUUCCAAGUCGUGGGUAAUUCCGUCAUGGCUCUAUUGCUAGGGUCUAUGUUUUACAAAGUUUUGAAAUCUGAUGAUUCUUCGUCUUUCUAUUUCCGUGGUGCCGCCAUGUUUUUUGCUGUUUUGUUUAAUGCCUUUUCAUCCUUGUUAGAAAUUUUCUCCCUUUACGAAGCUAGACCAAUUACUGAAAAACACAAGACUUAUUCCUUAUACCACCCUUCUGCUGAUGCCUUUGCCUCUAUUAUUUCCGAAAUCCCACCAAAAUUGGUUACUGCUGUAUGUUUCAAUAUCAUUUUCUAUUUCUUGUGUAAUUUCAGAAGAAAUGGUGGUGUUUUCUUCUUCUACUUCUUAAUCAAUAUCGUUGCUGUGUUUUCCAUGUCUCAUAUGUUUAGAUGUGUUGGUUCCCUAACAAAGAGUUUAUCUGAAGCCAUGGUUCCCGCCUCCAUCUUGUUAUUAGCCAUGUCCAUGUUUACUGGUUUUGCUAUCCCCAAGACCAAGAUCCUAGGCUGGUCCAUUUGGAUUUGGUACAUUAACCCCUUAUCUUAUCUUUUCGAAUCCUUAAUGAUUAACGAAUUCCAUGAUAGAAAAUUCAAAUGUGUUCAAUAUAUCCCUUCAGGUCCAGGUUAUGAAAAUGUCACUGGUACUUCUCAUGUUUGUAAUACUGUCGGUGCCGUUCCAGGUCAAAAUUAUGUCCUUGGUGAUAAUUAUAUCAAAGAAAGUUAUUCUUAUGAACAUAAACAUAAAUGGAGAGGUUUCGGUAUUGGUAUCGGUUACAUCGUUGUCUUUUUCGUUUUGUAUUUGAUCUUAUGUGAAUAUAAUGAAGGUGCUAAACAAAAGGGUGAAAUCUUGGUCUUCCCUCAAUCGGUUGUUAGAAAGAUGAAAAAGGAGAAUCAAUUGAAAGACUCUUCCGAUGAUGUGGAAAAGCAAGUUGUUGAAGAUGUUUCUGAUAAAAAAUUGAUUAAUGAAUCUUCCCAUUAUCAUGAUGACAAUGAUGCUGUCUCUAAUGAAGUCAAUAUUACUGGUUCUGAAGCUAUUUUCCAUUGGAGAAACUUAUGUUAUGAUGUUCAAAUUAAAACUGAAACUAGAAGAAUUUUGAACAAUGUUGAUGGUUGGGUUAAACCUGGUACUUUGACUGCCUUGAUGGGUGCUUCUGGUGCUGGUAAGACUACUCUAUUGGAUUGUCUUGCUGAAAGAGUUACUAUGGGUGUUAUAACUGGUGAUGUCUUUAUCGAUGGUAAACCUCGUGAUGAAUCCUUCCCAAGAUCCAUCGGUUAUUGUCAACAACAAGAUUUACAUUUGAAAACUGCUACUGUUAGAGAAUCUCUAAGAUUUUCUGCCUACUUGCGUCAACCAGCUGAAGUCUCUAUUGCUGAAAAGAAUGCUUAUGUCGAAGAUAUUAUCAAGAUCUUAGAAAUGGAAAAAUAUGCUGAUGCUAUUGUUGGUGUUGCUGGUGAAGGUUUAAACGUUGAACAGAGAAAGAGAUUAACCAUUGGUGUUGAAUUAGCUGCUAAACCUAAAUUAUUGGUCUUUUUGGAUGAACCUACUUCUGGUUUAGAUUCUCAAACUGCUUGGGCUAUUUGUCAAUUGAUGAGAAAAUUAUGUAAUCAAGGUCAAGCUAUCUUAUGUACUAUCCAUCAGCCAUCUGCUAUCCUAAUGCAAGAAUUUGAUCGUUUAUUAUUUAUGCAAAGAGGUGGUCAAACUUGUUAUUUCGGUGAAUUGGGUGAAGGUUGUCAUAAGAUGAUUGAUUAUUUCGAAAGUCAUGGUUCUCACAAAUGUCCUCCAGAUGCUAACCCUGCUGAAUGGAUGUUAGAGGUUGUUGGUGCUGCUCCAGGUUCUCAUGCUAAUCAAGAUUAUCACGAAGUUUGGAGAAAUUCCGAAGAAUAUCAAGCUGUACAAAGGGAAUUGGAUUGGAUGGAAACUGAAUUACCUAAAAAGAGUACUGGUACUGAUGAAAACCUUCAUAAGGAAUUUGCCACUAAUUUAACUUAUCAAUGUAAGAUCGUUAUCAUUCGUCUAUUCCAACAAUAUUGGAGAACUCCUGAUUAUUUAUGGUCCAAGUUCAUCUUAACUGCUAUUAAUCAGUUGUUCAUUGGUUUCACUUUCUUUAAAGCUGAUAGAUCCAUGCAAGGUUUACAAAAUCAAAUGUUAUCCAUUUUCAUGUUCUUAGUUUGUUUCAACCCAUUGUUACAACAAUAUUUGCCAUCUUUUGUUCAACAAAGAGAUCUAUAUGAAGUCAGAGAACGUCCAUCAAGAACUUUCUCUUGGAUCGCCUUUAUUGUUGCCCAAAUUGUCGUUGAAAUCCCUUGGAAUAUCUUAGCCGGUACCCUUGCUUAUUUCAUCUACUACUAUCCUGUUGGUUUCUACUCGAACGCUUCAAAAGCUGGUCAACUACAUGAAAGAGGAGCUUUGUUCUGGUUAUACUGUAUUGCCUAUUACGUCUACAUCGGUUCCAUGGGUAUCUUUGUCAUCACUUGGAAUCAAGUCGCUGAAUCUGCUGCUCAUUUCGGUUCUCUAUUGUUCACUCUAGCUUUAUCCUUCUGUGGUGUUAUGGUUACCAAAGAGGCUAUGCCACGUUUCUGGAUUUUCAUGUAUAGAGUUUCUCCAUUAACUUACGUUGUUGAAGGUCUAUUGGCUACUGGUGUCGCCAAUGUUGAUAUCCAAUGUUCUGAUUAUGAAUUCACCAAAUUCACUCCUCCUGAAGGUCAAACUUGUGGUCAAUACAUGUCUCCAUUCAUCAAGAACAUGGGCACUGGUUAUUUGCAAGAUCCAAACGCCACCGACAUGUGCCAUUACUGUUCUUUCUCUUACACAAAUGAUUACUUAUCUCAAGUCUUUGUCUCGUACCAUCACAGAUGGAGAAACUGGGGGAUCUUCUUGGGUUUCAUCUGCUUUGAUUUCGCCGCAGGUAUUUCUUCUACUGGUACACCAGAGUUCCAAAGAAAUCUUUCAACAAGAAGAAGUAAGGACUUCCGUGUGUUUUCUGUUUUUUUUUAUUCACACCUCAUUUUAAUAUAG